AUGUCGAUGACCAUUGAAGAAGCACAAGUGCCCCGCGAGCCCAAGCCGGUACCCUCAGGCCCAGACAAUGUUCUCGAGCAAUUCAACCUCAAAGACCGUGUUGUCGUCGUCACAGGUGCCGCCGAAGGCAUCGGUGGUGCCGUUGUAGACUCGAUGGCCGAAGCCGGCGCCAAUGUAGCACUCUGGUACCGCUCCAACGACAAGGCCAUCACAAAAGCCGAAGAGCUAGCAAAGAAGCAUGGAAACAAGUUCAAGGCAUAUCAGAUCGAGAUCUCAGAUCCGGAGAAGGUGAAAGAGUUGGUCGCUAAGGUUGUCGAGGACUUUGGACGGCUGGACGUUAUGGUUGCGAAUGCUGGUAUGGCCAUUUCGAAGCCUAUCUUGGAGACUAGCGUCGAGGAGUACAAGAAGCAGUUCGCGGUCAAUGUUGACGGUGUCUUUUAUUGUGCAAAAUAUGCUGGAGAGCAGUUCAAGAAGCAGGGCAAGGGUAACUUGAUCAUCACAUCGAGUAUCUCGGCACACAUCGUCAACGUGCCUGUCGACCAACCUAUCUUAGNNGUCUACAAUUCCACGAAAGCAGCCAUCACCCACCUAGGCAAAUCCCUAGCCAGGGAGUGGCGCGAGUUUGCUCGUGUAAACAUCGUCUCACCCGGCUUCUUCAACACCAAGAUGGGAGCAGGUGAAAGCGUCAUCAACGAGGCAUAUCGCAUGACUCCAAUGGGCAGACAGGGAGACGUCCGCGAGAUCAAGGCUCUCUAUCUAUAUCUUGCCAGUGACGCUAGUAGCUACCAGACCGGUAGUGAUACUGUUAUUGAUGGAGGCUACAUCUUACCUUGA